AACAGGAAAGAGAAAGAAGGCGCUACACUGAUGAGUCUAGAGAGAGAAAGUGGAGAGAUGAUCAAAAGGGGAGGUGGAGGAGCAGAAAAGGAGGAAAAUUUGGGAGAAAAGUUGCGGAGAGGAAUUCUGGUGGGGGAGAGAGGCGGGCCCUGUACUCCAGUGGUGUCCUCAUGGAGACUUUUUUCACUCUCUGAUCCCCACCACACCAUAAUUAACCAACACCCUUUUUCUAAAUCCGCCAUUUUUGAUACUUCUGAUCAUCAUCAUCAUCAAACUAUUCAACAACAACAACAACAGCAACCCUCUGUGAGAAAGCUCGCGGCCGCUCUCUGGGAGCUCCAGCACUACCUGCCGCUUGCUAAAAUGCACCGGGGUGCGCACGUUAAUGGUGGCGGCGGUGCGGGUGCAGCUGCUAACGGUGCUCCUCCCCCUAGGCUGCGAAACCUCCAUCACCAUCACCAUCAACGUCAUCACAGUCAUCAUCAUCUUCAUAAGGACAAGGGUCUUGACCUCUCCAACUUUCUGGCUGAUAACUCUCCCAGUUCCCCUGACCAGCCAGCUAGUGCAAGCAGUUUGAGGAGGCAUCUUGUCGCAUCAUUGAUACAACACCAUCGAACAAUUGAAAGAAACAACCACGCACUUCAGCCUGUAUCUCCCGCAAGUUAUGGCAGUUCUAUGGAGGUGGCACCUUAUAACCCCGCAGUUACUCCUACCAGUUCUUUGGACUUCAAAGGAAGGAUUGGUGAAUCGCAUUAUAAUCUUAAAACAUCGACGGAACUUAUUAAAGUACUGAACAGGAUCUGGAGCUUGGAAGAACAGCACGCGUCUAAUAUGUCCUUAAUAAAAGCGUUGAAGACCGAGCUGGACCAUUCCCGUGUGAAGAUCAAAGAGUUGCUUCGGGAACGACAAGCUGAUCGACAUGAAAUGGAUGAUUUGGUUAAGCAAAUCACGGAAGAUAAACUGGUAAGGAAGAGUAAAGAACAGGACCGGAUUCAUACUGCAAUUCAGUCCGUGAGGGAUGAGCUAGAAGAUGAGAGGAAAUUGAGGAAACGGUCAGAGAGCCUGCAUAGGAAACUAGCUAGGGAGCUUUCUGAGGUAAAAUCUACUCUUUCUGGUGCUUUGAAAGAGCUCGAAACUGAGAAGAGGUCGAGGAAGUUGUUGGAAGACUUGUGCGAUGAGUUUGCUAAGGGCAUAAAGGACUAUGAACAAGAGGUACAUGCUUUGAAACAAAAAGCUGACGGUGAUUGGACCGGAAGGACUGAUCGUGAUCGGUUGAUCCUCCAUGUAUCCGAAUCAUGGCUUGAUGAACGGCUGCAGAUGCAGCUAGACGAAGCUCGGUGUGGUGUUUCUGAAAAGGACUCAAUAGUGGAGAAGCUAAGGCUUGAAAUAGAAACCUUUCUUCAAGCUAAAGAUGUGCAUGCUACUAAAACUGAAAAUCUGUUGCCAAGAGAGCGUCGGAAUUCGCUGGAAUCUGUCCCUCUAAAUGAGGCUGUGAGCGCACCUCACGAUGUGAACGAUGAUGAUGAUUCAUUAGGCAGCGGUUCACAUUGCUUUGAGCUUCAAAAGCCAAGGGAUGCCGAGUUUAAGCCUUGUGGAGAUGAAGCUGAGGAUGAUCGUCUGCAUGAACCAAUGAAGUCGGGCAACACGAAGAAGAAACUCGAGUCUGGUGAAAGGAUAAAAGGGCGUACUCCGUCUAGUUUACAAGUUAAGUUUGAAGAAAAAAUGGCCAGAGCAGUGUCAGGGGAGGGGAGCAAAAAGUCUCAGCUGGUAAAUACAGAGCAGGGAAAAGAUGAGGAAGGGAAACCAACUGAAACAAGCACAUCACAAAUGGCUGAACGACGCCAAGUAACCGAAGAUGCAAGUUAUGAGAAAACAAACAGACAUGACGAAACGCAAGGGUUGAGUUCUAAUUAUACGGUCGAUGAGCUUAUAAGAAGCCAAUAUUUGUUGUCAGAAGGUGGAAAUCUACACCUUGAGAGUAACAAUAACGGCGAGGCUUCCUGCAGUAACUUAGGAUGGAGGAAUCAGGCAAGCCCAGUUCGACAGUGGAUGGCAAAACUUACAUCCCCGGAUCUCGACAUACCGGAGUCUUCCUCAAAACUGCCUUCAGGUUUGAAGGACAACACUCUGAAAGCAAAGCUUCUUGAAGCGAGAUCAAAGGGUCGGCGGUCCCGUUUGAAAGCUUCAAAAAUUUCCUGAAAUCUUGAGAGGUAUAAAAGCUGAUGAAGUCUGCUAUUCAGGAUCAAUGGUUGGAGAUUUUAGUCCUGUGAAUAUAGGCCCUGGUACUUAGGUUCUUAAGUAUCUUUGUGCUGCUGUUGUUAUUAGUCUAUAUUAUUAUAGCUUCAUUUCUCGUCUGUAAUUUUGGCAAUUCAAGUCUCUGUAUAUGAGUUUAACGUUGUUCCUUACACAUAAAAGAGAUUCAAGGCCAACUACAAUUUUG